AUGCCCACUCCUCCAGUCACUUCUCGCAAGAGAAAGCGCGCACAUCAGUAUACAGUGAGCUACAGUGAAGUUCAAGAGGUCGACGAGGAAGGCAGGGUCCGUGAAGUCAUAGUCAUUGAAGAUACUCCUCCUCCUUCUACAAUAUCGCCCGCAACAACCCACACAAACGUCUUUUCGGCCUCAUAUCAACCUCCAGUAUAUUCCGCUCCAAUACGGACAAGGGCCCGUGCUGCUGCCGAGGCACAGACCCUUUCAGCUAGCACUUCGUCCGCAGUGAUCGUGGCGCCAGCGCCUAAGAAGAGGAAGCGGGAGCCUGCUGAUGACUCCCGUGCAAUUCUCACAAAGAAGACAGCCGCUGCAUUGCACCAGCAGCAACCCGUGGCGUCGACCAAAUCAUGGGCCAGCGGCAGCGGGGCUGCCACGGCUGAUACUGUCAAUGGCAACAUUCCUUAUCGUACUGUUCGUCUCUUGGGGCAAGGGACCUUUGGUAAGGUUGUAGAAGCAGUUGAUAUCCAUAACCAGAACCGGGUGGCGAUCAAGAUUAUACGCGCUAUACCGAAGUAUCGCGAUGCCAGCAAGAUCGAGAUUCGCGUUCUCCAGAAAUUGAAGGAGCGCGAUCCAUCAAACGUCCACAAAUGUAUUCAUCUGUUGCACUGGUUCGACCAUCGAAACCAUAUUUGCCUUGUGUCAGAAUUACUUGGCAUGUGUGUGUACGAUUUUUUGAAGGAAAACGAAUUUGCGCCUUUCCCUCGAAACCAUAUACAGUCGUUUGCCCGGCAGUUGCUUGGCAGCGUGGCUUUCCUGCAUGACCUUCAUUUGAUUCAUACGGAUCUUAAACCGGAAAAUAUCUUACUUGUACGCAACGACUAUCGACUAGCUGUGGUGCCUGUACCUGGCAAGCGUAAUGCACCACCACGGACGAAAAGGAUGCUCUCUUCAACAGACAUUCGUCUUAUAGAUUUUGGAUCGGCAAUCUUUGAGGAAGAGUACCACUCAACCGUCGUCUCCACGCGGCACUAUCGUGCGCCUGAGAUUAUUCUUGGUUUAGGGUGGUCAUACCCGUGUGACGCCUACUCAUUAGGGUGCAUUUUAGUUGAAUUCUACACUGGCGUCGCUUUGUAUCAGACGCAUGACAACCUGGAGCAUCUCGCAAUGAUGGAGAUGGUUAUGGGUAAAAUGCCCGAUCGGUUCGCCCGUCUCGGAGCGCGGGCUAAGCCCGAGUUCUUCAAGGAUGGUGCACGCCUGGACUGGCCGAAGCCGAAGGCUUCGCGGCAGAGCAAGAAGGACGUGCGAGCCACCCGACCUCUUCAGGACGUGAUACCUCCGACCGACCAGAUCAACAAACAAUUUGUGGAUCUUGUGCGGCGAUUACUUGCCUUUGACCCAGCACAGCGAAUCACCGUUCGAGACGCAUUGCACCAUCCGUACUUUUCUUAUAACAUUCCUGAAGAGUUGUAG